AUGUUCACAGCCCUGUACACUGUUUUCAAGAAAAUUAGGACAAAGACAGUAUACACAGUUUGUUCUUAGAAAUCAUACAUUGCAUUAAGCUCAGCCUACAGAUUAGUUAGUUAUCUGGUGGCAAAUAGACCUUUGUAUGAAAUUGUCCACCCAAACCUCAUCCUCAUUUCUUUGCGUUUGCUCAAUAGAGCGUAUGCGGGAAAGGUCUAUUAGUGACUAAUCUGUAGGUUGUGUGCGCGGAGGGAGGUGGGGGAGGGAAGUUACUUCCCAUACAUUCUCUUAAAUGAAAUGGAAAUGAUGUUCUCACAACUUGCAAAGCAAUCAUCAAGGGUCUUGCCAGCAGUUUUGUGUACUGAUGUUGCACAUUGUAUCAUAAACCAAAGUUACAAUGUAAACGGUUUUGAGAAGGAACAAAAUCAUGGUAGUUGAAGACGGGAUUGUUUCUCACUAUUGCAUUUCGUUUAUUUUGGUAAAUUGCAACUUUACUGAUUUUAUGUCGCUUUUCAGACGUAUUGUAUGUUGCGGUCUUUCUUUUUUCUCUUUGUAGAGUUUGGAAUAUGCAACAUAUAGCCUGAGAACAGGCUUUCUGUUUGGGGGAAGGGCAAAAAAGUUGGGAGGAGAGGGAAGGGAAAGGGGAGAGCCUUAAGACAAACGUUUGAGGCCGGUAUUCCACCCUCUUGUCUAUUAAUUGCUGAUCUUCUGUCAGCAAGAUUGUCAAUUAAUGUAGUCAGUUUUGCAUGUAAAAAGGGGGUCAGGAGGCAACACUUGACUUUUACCUGGUGCCAAAAUGCUGCUUGUUCCAAUGAGUUCUUUCUCUGGUGGUAGAUUAUGUGCUGGAGCGUAAGCUUUGACUGAGCAAAAUUGUGGUUUUCCCUCUCAUUUAAAAGUGAGAGGUCAUGACAUGUAUACUGAUUGUCUGAGGUUAUUGUUGUCAUUGUUUCUGGUCAGUGUGAUUUGCCCUCUGAUGCAAGAGCAUUUUAUUUUAGCUCUUUUGAAAUGUAUUUUUGUGGCUAAAUAAGCUUAUCAGUGUUUUGCCAGAAGAAGCCAUGUUAAAGAUCAAAAGACCUGUCAGUGUUCUCACCAAUAGGAGCUUGUAUCAGAAUCUGAUGCACAGUGGGUGCCGCAAAAUAGCAGCCUCAUAGGUUUCUCUACUGGCUCUUCCCCUUCCCCUCUCAUGAUUUUUUUAACUUUCCCCAAACAGAGAGCCUGUACUGUUCACAGGCUAUGCAACAUAAUGCAUGUAUUAUAGCAACAUAUAGCUGAAACAAUCGCCAAAGAGUUAACAUAUUGAGAAGUGUUUUGCUGCAAACCCAAGGAAAGUUAAGUUAAUCACUUAAAAUAUGGAAAUCCAGAAGGCACUUUAGAGAAAAUUAGAACCCUUAUUCAGCCGUAAUAAAAAGCUUUAUGUUUUAUAGAGGUCAAAGAAAAUGCUCUUGCGUCAGAGGACAAAUCUUGCUGACCAGAAACAAAAACCACAGUAAAUCAAUAUGUGUUCCACGACCUCUCAGUGUGAGACAAGUAGCAAAAAUCACAUUUGUUCAGUGAAAUAAUUGUAGAACCUUCCAGAGCAUAAUCUACCCAGCAGAGGAAAAAAACUUAUUGGAACGAGCAACAUUUUGGUAGGAGGUAAAAGUCGUUUUAAUAGGCCUACCAACCAACCCCUUUUAUUGCUGUGUGCUCGAUAAACAUGCUAUCGUGGAUCCCAUGCCAGCCACGAUAGAAUCAGGUAAAUCCCACUAUUUACAGUAGUGCGAUUUGAAUACCCCACUCAAUGCAUGAAUCUGCCAUAAUCACCCAGCAUGCAAAGAAAGUAGUGUCCGAUAGCCGGGGGCUAGUGAAUUUUGCUAUCAGGGUGGCGAGCUCUGUUAUUAACUUGCCCGAUGGACAAGUGAAGUUUUUUGAGGAAUUCAAAUUACAGAAGUACUGUAAAAUCAGUCUGCUCAUCAAAACAUUUUUGGGGCUAGUUGAAAUGAUGUUUGGGCUAGUAAAUGUUAGCUUCAGCUGUAAAACUUUCUUUGCACCCUGUCACCAUACUGAUAGGAAUCUAAGCAAGUGCAAACUCUGCCGCCAUGUUUGUGCAAUAUGCACUAAGCACGACGGACUAAAGAGCCACCCACCCGACAAAGGCUUCUAUUGUCUUGACCCAGGGAGGCUCCCUGGUCUUGAUCAAUGAUCACUGAAGUGUGAACGAAAAUUCACAAGUUGUGUUGAAAAUACACAUGGUUGAGUUUGAAAUAUGACUCGGUAAGUGGCAAAAUGCCCUGAGUAUUCGUUCAGGCAUUCAAGCUUAUAAAAAGUAGCAAUAUUGGAAAAUUUGUCUGGUGUAUAGUUUUAUUCAUAGCGCCGAGUUGAAAAUUGCAUGGUUCUACUAUGUAAUUUGAUGAAGCGAGUUGAAAAUACAUAGUGAGCAAGGUCAAAUAGAAGAGUUGAGUUUAAAAGCCAAGGGACGCGAGCAUAAAAACGUUUUCUUCUAAAGGAAGAGUGUAAAAUUUUGAAUUCAGCUAUAAAAUUCAAGUACCGAGGUUAGAGAUUUAAAUGAUGCAUUUAAAAUUGAACCCAUGAAUUUUGGCAGGGAUCGUACACCAUAAGCCUGACUUUGUUUCUACCCCCUGGUGUGCACCAAGUAUGAUUUCUAAGAGGAAUGUCGAACUGUGUUCCAUGCAAUUCUGUGUUUGUCCUUGUUUUCUUGAAAACAAUGCAUAAUGAAACAACUAUUAGAAUUGGUUUUUGUGAUAUUUGGAAUAAUCAAGGUCUCAGUAAGUGUUAUCAGCCUCGGCCUUCGGCUCAGCUGAUGUCAUUUAGUCAAUCCUCUCCCUUGAUUAUUUCUGGAUAUCACAAAAGCUCAUCCCACACCAUUUGUUGUUUAAUAUUAACAAAGUGAACCAAGACUGUGGUGGCACAGCCCCUGUACAUUAAUUUGUAAAUACUCAGUAUCUUACAUUUCAUUGGGUAAUUAAGGCAGCAGUGACAGUUAAAAGUAAUGAAGUGAACUUCACUGAUUCCUGAUUUUCCUUUCAGUACUAGGCAAACAUCUUAGGAGCACUAUGCAAUAUUGUGCAGGUUAG